UAUGAGAAGCAACUUUGUGUUGUUUACCAGACUUUAUAACUAUAACCCCUGAUGACCAGGAAUGGAGGAAAAAAGUUAAUAAUGGUUAAUCUCUCGCCGUAGAGGCAUAUUUGACGAUGUUUCACCAUACAUCUGCUAAGAUGAAUAGUUGCAGUGUGCCUGAGAAGUAAUAAAGAAGCUAAUAAGGAAAAACAAGGAAGUGUUGCUCCAGGUAUAUUUCUCCAUGAUAGAUUCAAUAUGGCUCCAUGGAGAAAUUUGUGACAUUACCCGAACAAAUAAUUGCUACAAUUAUCGAUAUUGUAGCAUGAUCCUGGGAGCAUGCCGAUCCAGGCCCCUCAGUGGACCGAGUUCCUGUCAUGUCCCAUUUGCUGCCAUGAGUUCGAUAGUGGUCAGCGUGGGCCAAUCAGUUUGGGAUGUGGACACACCGUCUGUCGUGCUUGCCUGGCCAAGCUGCAGCGAAACCAGUGUCCUUAUGACCAGACUGUGAUGAGAUUGGAGCUGGACCAACUUCCUGUAAAUGGUGCAUUGCUUUCACUGGUGGGGGCUGGGACGAGUGCAGAGGAGGGGGAGCUACCCCCUCCUCCGCCAGUGCCUACAACUCACACUCGUAACUACUUCAUGGCUGUCAAGUGUAUCAAAGAUCUUGCACUCUUUCUUAAACCCUUCUCAGUUAUCUCUCUUGUAGGCUCUGGAACAAAUGGGUCCACUUCACUUCUGUCCCGUCCAAUGCAAAGGAAGCUAGUCACCCUCAUCAACUGCCAACUUGUGGAAGAUGAGGGGCGGGCCAGAGCAGUCCGUGCUGCUCGAUCUCUGGGUGAACGGACUGUGACCGAGCUCAUACUCCAGCACCAAAAUCACCAACAGCUCUCAGCUAACCUCUGGGCAGCAGUGAGGGCCAGAGGAUGCCAGUUUCUGGGGCCAGCUAUGCAAGAAGAAGUGUUAAAGCUAGUUCUUUUAGCUCUUGAAGAUGGUUCAGCUCUUUCACGAAAGGUGCUGGUGAUGUUUGUGGUGCAGCGGCUGGAACCUCAUUUCCCGCAGGCCUCCAAGACAAGUAUCGGACACGUUGUGCAGCUACUCUACCGUGCUUCUUGCUUUAAGGUUUCAAAAAGAGAAGGUGACUCAUCACUCAUGCAGUUAAAGGAAGAAUUUAGAACUUAUGAAGCCUUGAGACGAGAACACGAUGCCCAGAUAGUCCAAAUUGCAACAGAAGCCGGCCUUAGAAUUGCACCAGAUCAGUGGUCGUCUCUCCUCUAUGGUGACACUGUCCAUAAAUCCCACAUGCAGUCUAUUAUAGAUAAGCUUCAGACACCACAGUCUUUUGGGCAGUCUGUACAGGAACUGGUAAUAGCACUACAGAGAACAGGAGACCCAGGUCAGUUAUCCUCUUUAAGACCACAACUAGAAUUGUUGGCAGCCUUGGACCCUUCCCCAGAUGCUCCUCCUCCUGGUUGGAAGCCUUGUGCAGCUGCAAUGGAAGCUGUUAGGGCUGUUGUUACUGGGCUGGUACAUUUUAUACAGCAUCAUGGCAAUCGAAAAAUGCCAGAUGCACAUCACCCACAUAAUGCUAAGUACAAGACCAGCAUGUGCAGAGACCUAACUCAGAGAGGAGGAUGCCCAAGGGGAAAUAAUUGCACAUUUGCUCACUCCGAAGAGGAACUUGAGAAAUAUAGAAAUAGAAGUCGCAAACAUGGCAAAGGCAUUCCACAACCACCUACAACUCCUGCCAUCAAAUCACAGGUACAGCAUCAUCAACCUCAGCAGCAUCCAACACAAACUCAGCAACAAGCACAGCAUCCACAAGGAAGCAUGGAAGCAGUCAUAACUGCAAAAAAUGGUGAACAUCCACCUGUUGCAGUCAUUCAGAAAACAGGUACAGUUGAAGAGAUUAUGCAAAGUGGGGAAGUGCCCACAACUCCUACUCCAUUUGACCCCCACAAGUUUGUGCAUAUCCCAACUCAUACACAGUCAAUGCCAGUGUUACCUGCCCAGACUCCUGCCCCAGCAAUUAUACAACCAGCUCUAGCUGCAACACCUUUUCAUGCAGCACCAAUGGCUGAAUAUACAUACAGUUCCUUCCCAUGUCAACCUCCAGUAUUCGCUCAGGCAUCACCACAACAACCUAUACCUUCAGCACCAGCUGCUGUUUUUCCAGGCCAAGCAGCAGCAAUAGUUCCAGACAUAUAUGGUGGGAACGCUCCUACGAUGCUUCUGAACACAGCUCCAGUUUAUAAUGUUACUGGCCAUGCAAGUGAAUUUUGUAUCCCAAUUGCCAAUACAAAACCCACCAAUUCAGGACUUCACCCUUUAGUUUCCUGUUGGCCAGAUACUAAUUGUACAACAUUCUGUGUAAAUACUACAGUAACAACUACAUCUUUGACAACAGCAACAAAUGUUGCAUCAAAAUCAAUGGAAGAGUUAAAAGAAAGGAAGGAAGCCAUUUUGAAUCAGCUCGAGACAAUUGUUGGAAAAGAAGCAACACACCAAGUUGCUACUCAGAUUGCAAAUGGUGAAGAGCCCAGCAAACCACAAGAAUUUACAUCUACGUAUAGUAUAUGGACAUCUGGUGCUGAUUUUUAUAUUGCUUCCAAAUCUAUAGAAAAAAGUUAUGAUCCAAGUACAGGUUACCGGACUUACACUGCCAGAAAAGAUGACUCGAAAGGGAAGGAUGAUUUUAUCCCUUUUGAUCCACCAUUAGUGAGUCGUUUUGGGCCUAUCUCUAGAAUGUCAAGAACUGUGAUUCAGCCUGCUAAUCCUAUCCAAUCUUCAGCAAGUAACCCUACAGAAACUACCACCACUCCAACUGUUAGACGACCAGUACCCACUAUUUCACCAAUGCCACAGGUACUGUACCAGCCUGGAGGUUACACAGUGGGGGUAAUGACCUGUAUCCCCACACCUCUGGAGCACAUGAACACCCUGGGUCAUGGCAUAGUCGACCCUCUUCUGACUCAGCUUGAAACUUCAGGUAUCAGAACAAUAUCUGCAGAUGCAGCUCAGCAAGAAUGCUUAAGGCAGCAAUUCACUGCUGUACGUGAGGGAAUUGAUGCCAUUGUUUUGGAUGAAAAGAGGAUGGCUGAGUGGCAAGAAGUACGGCUGAAGGAGGAACUAAGUCUUGUGAUGAACCGAAUUGAAGUCAAACGGAAAGAAAUGGAAGCUAGGAAUGCCUCUAGGGCAAAUGCCUCCCCACCCCAUGAAAGUGGGAAAUGGGGUAAUGAUGAUGAUGAUGGUGGAUAGGGGCCCACACUGAAGCUCAAAUAGUCAAAGGAUGUAUGUGAAAACAAUUUUGAAGAACUUGAGAAGAAAUGGCAGUUUGAUUUUGUUGGAAAUGAGUGACACAUUACUGGUAUACAAAGACUUGGUAAUGUGCAAAUAUAGCAAAUAAGUGAGUAUUUUUUUUGUUUUUUUUAGGAAUCUAAGCUUACCAUACUAAGUAAAAACAAUAAGUCAAACUCACUGAAAAAGGAAGUUACAAAUAUGACACAAAUUUCAGAGUGUAAUUUACAUACAGUACCUUGGUUAGAAACAUUUUGAAUGUUGUGAUAGUUUAUAGUAUAAAGGAAGGCAUACCAGUGUAAUGACUAACUUCUCCACAUUUUAAAUGAAGAGACAAAAACUGAGGGCCUUUUUUAUACAUUGAUCUGGGCAGUUUAAUGCCUAAUAUUUCUUUACUUGUAUGGCCGAUGUCAUUAUUCUGCCAUUUCAGUUUAUUUUACGUUGACAGACAUUGCCUUUUUUAAAAAUUAUGAAACCAAAGUUUCUGCUGCAGAACUGUAGAAAUAACAGUUAUUUGCUGUUAUGAUCAUUUGCUUGACAUACAUGUAGAUUUAAAAAAUGUCUGUUGAGGUUUGUGCUCUGAUAGUUUGAUUUUUUUUUGUCUUAUGACCUGUAGGUUAAAACAGGUCAUGCUUUCUAGGAAGCACUUUAAACUGUAAGUCUAAUAUAUUUCUAUGUACAAAACUUCAGUUUGGUUGUUGUAGAAUUGCUAAUAUUGCUGACGUUUUUUAUAAUGUUCAAAUACUUGUAUUAUGAAUAGGUCAAAAUGUUUGCAACAGUCCAUCAGUAAACGUUUUCUUGCGCAACUCAAAAAUCUAAAAUAUUGACUGACUGUCAGUUAUAGAUUCAGCUUAAUGAGUUAACAGAAUUAUCUUGUCAGCUUUGACUGGCAUACUAAUCCAACAUGCCUACUGAUUUAAGGUAUGCUUACUGUAUUCUGAUAUUUAGUGACUUCAUGAGCAUGUAGGAAAAGACAGUUGUAUAUAUACAUUUCCUAAAGUGAAUGAUUUAAAUGUUCUGAUAUGAAUAUGUUCAGUACAUUGUCACAUCAGCGAAAGAAAUCUUGCAGUAGUUAAAGUUAGGUUCACUUUUCUUAGUUUUGCAAUGUGGUUUUGUGCAAUUUAGAAUACAGUAUUUGGAGGACACUUUAGGUCUUAAACAUGUGCUUUGUUAAAAACAGUUAAGACAGUUAAGUAUCUUACCUUUGAAUUAAUUAUAAAUAGUUCAUUUAGGUUUAUAUUAAGAAUCUGCUAUCAGUAUUCAAUUAAAUUAGAUAUUUUAAAAUUUGAUGAAAAAACUAUCAGAGAAUAUUUGUCUGCUGGAGUCCUUUCUUCUUUUUUCUCGCACCCUAAAACUCUUUAGAUUUUUUCUUAUCCGUAUUACAAAAAUUAAUAGUCUCCAUUAACUUCCUUGAUUUCUCUAAAACUAUUAUUUAUAAGUCGAGUGUCUUCUUUAUUUAAUGCAAUGUUUUGUCUGCAAGUGCUCACAGUUAUACUGGAAAUACAGUCAGCAUUUGUUUCCUAUUCAUUCACUUCUUUGCUCUUUAUGUAUGUGUACUCACCUAUUUGUGGUUGCAGGGGUCAGUUCUCAGAUCCUGGACCCACCUUUUAAUUUGCUACUCCCUCAGAUUCACUCCCUUUUAGCCUUAUGGGACCUAACAUAUGUGCUCUUAAAACUAUGUAUGAAGCCUGCCUCCACCACUUCCUCACCAAAAUCAUUCCAUUUCCCAACCACUCUCGACACCCCUGUGGCUCAUCUGUACAUUUAUCUUCGAAUGAUAUUUCCCAGUUCCCAUUCCUUGCCUCUCAGACAGUCUAUCUCUGUCUGCCUUAUGAAUUCCCUUGAGUAUUUAUAUUUUAUCAUGUGACCUCUCUUGUUCUUCUGUCCUCCAGUUUCAUUAGGUUCAAAUCCAUUAGCCUCUCAUAGCUCAUGCCCUUGAACUGAGGAACACUUUGUUGCAUACUUCUUUUUAGAAAACAUGCUUUUUCAGCUACAGGUUCCAUACUGGUUCUAUAUACAAGAUGGUCCUGACGUAUGUUGUAUAAAGGGGUCGAGGAUGGCUGUUUGUAGGGAUUCUUGAAAGCUACUCAUAGAUUUGCCAGAAGGGCAUUGGCUGCAGAAGUUGAUUGGCUGAUGUGAGCCUCUGGUGGUAAACUGCGCAUUAUGCUCUCUCCUAGGUCUUUCUGUUUGAGUGAAGUCUUCAGCCUGUCCCCAUAGUCUGUACCCAUUUCCAGUUUUGCUCAAGCAGCCACUUAUCUGAACUCACUCACAGUGUUUCCAGAUCCCUAUGGAACAUUUCCUUAUCCUCAUCUGUUUUUAUUGUCCUCAUUAGUGUUACAUUAUUAGCAAACAAGGAUAUAUCUGAAUCAAUCUCAUCUGGAAUGUCAUUCAUGUAAACCAGAAAUAGUACUGGCCCUAGUAAUGAUCCCUGCAGAACCCACUAGUUACUCUUCUCCAUUCUGAUGGUUCUUUCCUGACAAUCACUUUGCUUCCUUAUUCUAAGAUACUUUUUGAUGCACCGGAGUACAUUCCCUGAUGUCCCUGCCUGAAUCUCAAGUUUUUGGCCCAGCCUAUUGUUGGGUACAGUAUGAGAUCCCUUCUUGUAGUUUCAAAACAAUUCAGUCCACCAAAUCCUUUCUUUUUGCAUAUUUGUUGCUUUAUCAUAGAACUCCAGCAAGUUAGUAAAACAAGAUUUGUCAUCCCUAAACCCAUGCUGGUUAUUGUUAAUGAAACCAUUUCUCUCCAAGUGUUUUACCAUUCUCCACCUGAUGAGUUUAUUACUUUGCAAGGUAUGCCUGUCAGAGAAACAGGUCUGUAGUUAAAUGCCUCCUGUCUGCUUUCUUAAAUAUAGGGACUACAUUUACUUUUUUCCAGAUCUUUGAUAACUGUCCUGUUUCCGUUGACUUAUUGUAGAUCAUAGCUAGUGGUUUAGAUAGUGUUUCUGCACCCUUUUACAGAAUUCAUGAUGAUGCAUUGUCAGGUACCAUUGCCUUAGAUAUAUCCAGGUCCAUCAAAAAUUUCUUUACCUCUUCCCUUGUUGUGUGGAUGGCAUCCAGUACUUGUUGGUGCCCUCCUGUUCUUUAGUCUCUCUGGUAUUGCCUUAGUUUUCUCCUUUCUCUCAGUUGAAUUAUUUGGUCCUUUACUGUUGUCUUUUUUCUGAUGUGGCUAUGAAGUAGUUUCAGUUCAGACUUGGCCUUUGCUGGUAUGUCAUUCUCAUAUUAUCUCUCAACCUCUUUCUUCACUCUAGCAUAUUCAUUUCUGGCCAAUCUGCUUACUUCUUUGUUCUUGUUUCAUCCUUUUCUCUCUGUAUUUUUUCCACUUUUUUAUACUUUUCUUUUUUGCCUCCCUGCAUCUCUGGUCGAACCAAGGGCCCUUUGCCUUUGUUGUGUCUGUAUCUAUUUCUUGGUAUGAAGAUCUCGGCUUCCCUGCAUUUUCCAGCCAGGUACUCCAACUCGUCCACUGACCUGCCUUCCAAGUUGCUGUCCCAAUCCACUACAUUCUCUCAGCCUCUCAAAAUUCACAUUUCUAGUCUGGCUUUUCAUGCUUUCUACCUGUGUAUCCCACUGCUUGUAGUUCUUCAUAUGACCAUAUUUGAUGAUCCUUCCACUUUCUCAUUAUAAUACAUUUGAACACAUCAUGAAAUAUUACUCAUAUCUGUAGGCAGGCUUUUUUUUUUUAUUAACACAUCGGCCGAUUAGUACAAUAAAAUAUUCCCAGGUAAAACUAGUUAUCUUAUACAAAUGGAAAACUAUGUUUAUUUUGAAUCCCACUAAAACCUACUAGACUUCCAGGGAAGUGAAUCUUAUAGUGGCCAGUUAAUGGCAGUUAUAAAAUACCAGAAAGGAUCUAUUACUGACCAGACAUGCUACAUAAUAGGUGAGUAAAUCAUCCUGGCUGUAAUCCUGAUGGCGUCUUGUUUUUAAUAUCCCAGAUGACUGCUGAAUUUGCGCGUAAAUGUGCGAGUAUAUUACAUUAUUCUUAUUUGUCAGUCUGCAUGUUGGAUAGGAAGCUGCAGAUUCAUAUAAAUAUUUAGACUAAUGAGUCCCCCAGAUGGUUACUUAGUAUUACCAAGGCUUAAUGGCAAUUAGUUUUAAACAUUCACAGAAGUAUUCUGGUGCUAAGUUACCAUGUUCUUCACAUGCCCUCUUCACAUUUAAACAUUCCACACAUGCACACACACUUCACAUCAUAAAACAGACUUUUUGCUAUUGAUUGUGUUAUUAAGAGCUUGCGGUAAUCAUUUCUGACUGUUUAUAUUUCACCCAGAAAGGUUGAUUUAAGUCAGACUAAGUGUUUUGUUCAAGUCUUUUCUGACUUUGACUUGGCUAAUCAUGCUUGAGUAUUAGCCCAUAGAAUAAAAAAUGCUUUGAUUUAGUAAAGAAAUAAUGAACUCAUCUAAGAACAUCUAUAUUAGAAUGUCCUGGUUUUUAUAAUUUAUCUAUUUAUAUAUUUUUGUUAAAUAGUUAUAAGUUACUGAAGAUAUUUUAUCCUUCUUAGUUACUUAUCAUAUACAUUCUUAGCAAUUUGACAUCAUCUGUACAGUAUUAGACAUAUAUGCUUGUCCCCAGAAAAAAAAAAGUUCCAAAAAAGUUGUGCUAUAGCUCAGCACCUUGAGACAAUCUGCUUGACAUACUUAUAGCCAGGUCUGAGUUCUGCUCUCAAAGCCUGGCCUAAGGUUAGAUGUCAUUGUUGACUUCCUAGUCAACCUGACUGUUGCUGCCAGCAGUCUGCUUGUGUAGUUACAGAGAAGUCCAUAAAAACAAUUCUGAGAAUUUGUUUUAUUUUUACACUCAUAGAGGUGCAGUUUCCUAUUCAAAUGGGCAUCAGCAUGAUAUCUGUCAAAUACAUGCAAAGUGUAAAGCUUAUUUAUAUUUUUAAGAAUGUCAACUCCCUGGUCAGUAUGCGAAAAGUGCAACAUAAAAGACACAAUACACUGAAUAGGUCUGGGGAUGAGCUUUUAAUUCAGCUACAGUAUACAAGAAGCUUUCUUAGCAAGGCUUCAUGUAAUGAUGUGUCACAUUACUUUGUAUAUAUAUAUGUGUGUGUAUGUAUAUACAGUAAUAACUGUAGACAUGCAUUAAUACAUACAUCUUCAGAUAUACACAUUUAUUAACAUUUAUACUUAAUGAAAUUAACAGUUUAUGGUAUUGUUAAUGUUUUGUAAGAAUUCAUACUAUGCAUGAAAAUGGAGAGAAAUUGAUAAUAUUAAUAAUGAUGUAAUAAUUCUCAUCAUAAUAUACACAAAUCAAAGAUAAUUUGUAUGUAUCUUGUAGAUAUACUGUCAUGAUUGAAUAAUUUUUGGGUGUUACCUUAUUUUAAAGGUGAACAUGACAUGCCAAUUUCAAUUAGAGCCCUUUUCUUUAUAUAUAUAUAUAUAUUAUAUAUUAUAUAUAUAUUUCUCACUUUGUAAUUUAAAACUGUCUAGCAAUGCGAGAAUAUUCAUGACCAAAGCAUUAUCUCUCUGCUAGAUAAAUAAUGACUAAAUGAUCAAAAUUGCAAUGCAAUAAAUAUCAUUGCAGAAAGAUAAUGCCAUGUUUGUCUUGAAGAUUAAUAAUGUAUUUAAAGUGUACCUAGCCUUCUCAUCAGUUGAUGAUUUGACCAGUUGCUGGCUACUUGCAUUCAAUUCUUGUUCAACUUGCAUUCAAUUCUUGUUCAAGUGGUGAGCAAAUGAACACACACAUGUUCACACAUCCAUUAAAAAACACUUGUUUCCAUUCACUUGUAUUUAACAUGCUCACACAAGUUUGUCUCCAUUCACUCCUAUCUAACAUGUUUACACAAGUUUGUCACCAUUUACUAUCUCACAUGGUCAUACAGGUUUGUCUCCAUUCACUCCUAUCUAAUGCUUACACAAGUUUAUUAGAUGCUGAAACCUCUUAACACUCAAAAGCCUCUUCUGGCCCUUCCUCCAGUCAUUCCUGGGACAACCCCUACACCUACUACUUGGUACCCCAGAUUUAUAUACUCUCUUAAUCAACCUAUACCUCUCCAUCCUCUGCACCUGCACAAACUACUUCAACAAUCCCUCUUCAGCCCUCUGAAUUGUACCCUUGGGGAUCUACAUUGGCUCUUAAUUACUAUGCUCUAAGGUUUCUGCAUGAUAUUUACACCACAUAAUUCUGUCAAACAUGACAUCUCCACUGCCUCUAACCUUCUGUUUGCUGCAACAUUGAAAACCCAUGCCUCACACCCAUAUGAAAGUGCUAGUACCACUAUGGUACAUUCCAUUAUUUACCUCCAUAAAUAAACUUUUUCUUUCCGGAUACUUCAACACACCAUGCUAUGGUUCACCUCAUCUUUCAUUGACCGUCUGUUGACAUGUCCACUCCCAAAUAUCUAAAUUCAUCUGCUUCCUCCAUACUCCCUCCCCUCCCAUCUGAUAUUCAGUCUACCGUUGCCUAGACUUUUUGUUCCUCUUAUCACCUUGUUCUUUUCUACUUUUAUUUUUAAUUUUCCUCUUUUAAUACUCUCCCAAAUUCAUCUACCAGCCUUGUAACUUGUCUUCAGAAUCCACCUAAAAGAACUGUGUCAUCAGCAAAGAGCAAUUGGGAUAACUCCCACUUUGUAUCAGUUCCAGCAUCUUUCAGUACCGCACCCCUUCCCUAGCAUUCACAACCCUCCCCCCAUCUAUAAAUAUAUGUAUUAAACAAUCAUGGUGACAUCAUGCAUCCCUGUCUAAACACUAUUUUCACUGGGAAAUAGUCCAAUAGUCCCCCUUGGUGGGAGACAGCUGGUGUGUUGAAAAAAAAUACAGCCUCUCCUCACUUAACGACGGAGUUCCAUUCCUAAGACCACGUCAGUAAAUGAAUUCGCCGCUAAGUGAGGAGCAUACUGUAAUGGUAGUGGGUUUGUGUCAACCAUCUUUGAUAUAGUUUUAAUGUCACCUUUGCACCAUUUCUAGCAUUUCUGGUAUAUUUUUAAAUGUUCAUACAGUUUUUUUUUUUUCAACAAGUCGGCCGUCUCCCACCAAGGCAGGGUGACCCAAAAAGAAAGAAAAUCUCCAAAACGAAAAUACUUUCAUAAUCAUUCAACACUUUCACCUCACUCACACAUAAUCACUGUUUUUGCAGAGGUGCUCAGAACACAACAGUUUAGAAGCAUAUACGUAUAAAGAUACACAACAUAUCCCUCCAAACUGCUAAUAUCCCAAAACUCCUCCUUUAGAGUGCAGGCAUUGUACUUCCCAUUUCCAGGACUCAAGUCCGGCUAUAUAAAAAUAACCAGUUUCCCUGAAUCCCUUCACUAAAUAUUACCCUGCUCACACUCCAACAGAUUGUCAGGUCCCAAAUACCAUUCGUCUCCAUUCACUCCUAUCGAACAUGCUCAUGCACGCCUGCUGGAAGUCCAAGCCCCUCGCCCACAAAACCUCCCUUACCCCUUCCUUCCAACCUUUUUUGAGGACGACCCCUACCCCGCUUUCCUUCUCCUACAGAUUUAAAUGCUCUCCAUGUCAUUCUACUUUGAUCCAUUCUCUCUAAAUGACCAAACCACCUCAACAACCCCUCUUCAGCCCUCUGACUAAUACUUUUAUUAACUCCACACCUUCUCCUAAUUUCCACACUCCGAAUUUUCUGCAUAAUAUUUACACCACACAUUGCCCUUAGACAGGACAUCUCCACUGCCUCCAACUGCCUCCUCGCUGCUGCAUUCACAACCCAAGUCACACCCAUGUGAGAGUGUUGGUACUACUAUACUUUCAUACAUUCCCUUCUUUGCCUCCAUAGAUAACGUUUUUUGACUCCACAUAUACCUCAACGCACCACUCACCUUUUUUCCUUCAUCAAUUCUAUGAUUAACCUCAUCCUUCAUAAAUCCAUCCGCCGACACAUCAACUCCCAAGUAGUAUCUGAAAACAUUCACUUCUUCCAUACUCCUCCUCCCCAAUUUGAUAUCCAAUUUUUCUUUAUCUAAAUCAUUUGAUACCCUCAUCACCUUACUCUUUUCUAUGUUCACUUUCACACCCUUUACUUCAUCAUCCCACCAAUCACUCCUCUUUCCUCCUGCCCCACCCUCCUAUAACCACAGACUUCUGCCCCACAUUCUAAUACUGCAUUUUUAAAACUCAUCCAACCCUCUUCAACCCCCCCUCUACUCAUUUUUGCACUAGCCCACCUUUCUGCCAAUAGUCGCUUAUAUCUCACCCGAACUUCCUCCUCCCUUAGUUUAUACACUUUCACUUCCCUCCUACUUGUUGUUGCCACCUUCCUCUUGUCCCAUCUACCUCUUACUCUAACUGUAGCUACAUCUAAAUAAUGAUCCGAUAUAUCAGUUGCCUCUCUAUAAACAUGUACAUCCUGGAGCCUGCCCAUCAACCUUUUAUCCACCAAUACAUAAUCUAACAAACUACUUUCAUUACGUGCUACAUCAUACCUUGUAUAUUUAUUUAUCCUCUUUUUCAUAAAAUAUGUAUUACUUAUUACCAAAUCUCUUUCUACACAUAGCUCAAUUAAAGGCUCCCCGUUUACAUUUACCCCUGGCACCCCAAAUUAACCUACUACUCCCUCCACAACAUUUUUACCCACUUUAGCAUUGAAAUCCCCCCAACCACAAGUACUCUCACACUUGGUUCAAAACUCCCCACACAUUCACUCAACAUUUCCCAAAAUCUCACUCUCUCCUCUUCACUUCUCUCUUCUCCAGGUGCAUAUACACUUACUAUAACCCACUUUUCACAUCCAACCUUUAUUUUACUCCACAUAAUCCUUGAAUUAAUACAUUUAUAGUCCCUCUUUUCCUGCCAUAUCUUAUCCUUCAACAUUAUUGCUACUCCUUCUUUAGCUCUAACUCUAUUUGAAACCCCUGACCUAAUCCCAUUUAUUCCUCUCCACUGAAACUCUCCCACCCCUUCAGCUUUGUUUCACUUAAAGUCAGGACAUCCAGCUUCUUCUCAUUCAUAACAUCCACAAUCAUCUCUUUCUUAACAUCCACAAUCAUCUCUUUCUUAUCAUUUGCACAACAUCUAUGCACAUUCAGACUUCCCACUUUGACAAUUUUCUUCUUCUUAUUCUUAUACAGUUGUGUAUUGUAUAUUGUAAUAAACUGAAUGGAGGAAAUCAGCUCUAAUAUACGUUAUUUAGGUAUGUAUACUGGUCAGAGAGCCCGUCAUAAGUCCGAGUCGUUGGUAAAUGAGUACAUCGUUGAGGAGAGGCUGUAUACUUUUUUUUCAACAAACCGGCCAUAUCUCAUGAAGGUAGGGUGACCCAAAAAAGAAACACUUUCACCAUCAUUCACACAUAAUCACUGUUUUUGUAGCAGCAUGCAGAUAUGACAGUUCAGAUGUCACUUCAAACAGCCAAUAUCCCAAAACCCUCCUUUAAAGUGUAGGCAUUGUACUUCCCACCUCCAGGGCUCAAGUCCUGCUAACCAGUUUCCCUGAAUCCCUUCACAAAAUAUUACCCUGCUCACUCUCCAACAGCUAUUAAGUCCCAAAAACCAUUCAUCUCCACUCACUCCUAUCUAUAUUUAAACAUGCUGGCCAUCUCCCACCAAGGCAGCAUCACUGUCUUGCCAGAGGCAAGCAGAUGUGAUAGUUUAGAUGUACCUCUAAACAGCAAAUAUCCCUAACACAUACAUAUAUACAUAUUACUAUUUAGUGCUGAUACCAUUGUUUUUGAAAAUGAUGAAUGAAUGAGAUUAUAAAUUCUGCACACAGGUUGAACAAGACUUGAGCAUGUAAGUUGCCAUUUAGAGACCCAGAUUGUAUAGGUUUGUGAAAUUUUAUAUUUUUGUAUUUAUGUCUUACCUGCUGCUAGUGGUUAUAGGGAGAGAUUUUUUUCAAUAAAUCACUUACUACUGGAUGUAAUUUUUCAAUUUUGGGAGAUUUUUCAUGAGUUGUUUCAUAAAUAUGUGUAAAGUAUGUAUUACAGGCUUUGUAGAACUUGUAUUAUUAGGUAUGGAAAGCAAUUAUCAUUUAUCUUUGUAAAUACCCUCAUAAGGUUUGUGAAUGCUUAUAAAAAAAAUAUAUUAAUCAGUGUUAGACUCUAUUGAAUCAUUAAUAAGUUUGUAAUAUGCAUACAGUUAAUGAAAGAAGUUUUCAUCCAGUAGCAAAAGAUUUAAGAUGUCUGUUGGGAUUACAUUCCCAGAUUAUUGCAGAAUAAAAAAAAGUAUAUUAUAGUGUACAGUAUGCAUAAUGCAGUGAGACAAUAGAAGACAGUUUGAAGAUGAUUUAUCUGAUGUAUCAGAAUAUUUUAUAAUUUGAUAAGGUAUUAGCUGGUUAUAAGCUUUUGGAAAUUUUAAUUUAAACUCUUGUCAAAUGUAUUUAAGUUGAUAAAUAAUGGUCAUAAUUUGUGAGAGAUAUGAAGGUAGUGAUGAGAGUCAUUGUCUUCUGUAAUCUCACUGAUUAACUCUGUUUAUCAUCACCAUGCUGUCAAGGAGAUACUUUAAAAAAUCACUGCCCAUUUAAAUCCAUUGUGCAUCAUAUAUUAAUGUUUGCCAUGAUGAAUACCCUCUGUGUGUUUCAUAUUGGAAUAGUUUGUAUAAUAUUGUACAGUUGAGAGAAUUUUAUGUGACUCCAGUGCUACUCUACAUAAAUACUAACGAGCCCUAUUGGUGUUUGCACUGGUGUUUUGAAGCAGCCAUUAUAUGUUGAGAAGCUUCUCCUGCUUGAAUGCACCAUCUAAGAAGCUGCAAGUGAUUCAUGAUGCUGCUGCUGCUAUUUUCCUCAACAUGAAGCAUCACAGCUCUCAAAGAUGUUCAUGUCAUCGUGAGAACAUAGAAGAUUUAUAAAUUCACUCUAGUUUUAGUUGACUUCAGAACAUUUUCACUCAUUUUUGUAUUUUACAAAAAUAACAUCUUUUAAAACUUACUGGAAUUUUAAAAGGUAAUAUUAUCACAGAUUUAAGAGUGAAACAGUUUUGAGUAUUAGUUGAAAGUCCAUAGUCUUUUCAAGUCAAGAAUGGCUGGAACACAGAAUAACAUGACAAACAAUAUAAAUUAUUGUGUAUGUAUGCCAUGGGGCAUUUUGAUUUUUGAUUUUUAUAAUAUUGCAGUUGAGAAGUUUUAUCAUAUAAAAGUUUAGUUGAUGUGUUUAACAACACAUUGAACUUAUUCUCUAUUAAUACUUUGAAUAUUUAAUGAUAAGUGAAACUAUAACAACUGCUCUUUGGCUACAUGGUAUUGUGUGUUUCUUAUUGCUGUUCAGCUAAUAAGUUAUAGUUAUUACUUAUUGUAAACCCCAUUUACAUCAUUUGCGCUUAAGCAUACAGUAGGAAGCACUUCAAGUGGAGAAGCACAGCAUGCUUCAGCAAGGACAUUCUAUUCCAGGCAACUAGGUUACCUGCUCAGAUAUGUCCAAAAUUACAUGAACUCAGGUGAUGAUGUGUUGGUCACAUUUUCUUGAUUAAUAUCAUGUUUUCAAAAUUUUUGGCAUUUUAUUUAUUUGGCAUAGGUUCAGCCAGUUUUUUAUAAAUGUAAAUAUCAUGACCACUGCCUACUUAAUAAGUAGCAAUCAUUUAACUUUUAUUUAGUAGUGACAGUUCAUGUCAAACCAGUUCUAAUGUGUGAGUACCAGCUUUAUGGAAUAAGGACCCAUGUGUUGACUGGAAGGAAUUUUGUUAUUAAUUUGAGUGACUAUAGCACAUAAUUUACCAUGUUCAUGAUUCUAAGCCUAUAUUAGGACCUACCAAAUGGAUAAAAAGUUUAUAGCUUUUAUCAACUAUUAGGAUCAUUGAUUUACUGUGGUUGGAUUAUUGAUAUACUGUAUGUAUCAGUUAUCUACUUCCCAUGGGAAGCUCAUUGUUUUUUAUGCAAAAAUGCAAAUUCUAUUAUGAAAUCCUUUCUAUGGGUUGGUGUAGAUUUUCAUAUUGUUUUUCUAACUCUAGCUUGAGAUUAGGGUAUAUGUGUGUUGUGUUAGUAUGUAAGUAGAACUCAAGUACUGUAGUGGAACUUUGCUGACUUACUUUACCAUCUCCAGCAAGACACAGUUAACAUGUAUAUCUUGUCAACACUUGGUUUUAAUAUGACCAUUUUGGUUUCCUUGUCACUUCUUAUAUAGAUUAGUAGUGCAGUAUUUGAUGUUUCAUAGUAAGUAAUGGGUGGAUUUAUUCUUCUCUUUUUAUUAACUAUAGUAUAAUGAUUGUGACGGAGACAGCAUACUUUGGUUUUACUGAUGUACUGAGAAACUUGUGGUACAGCAAAUGUAAAGGAUUAAUACUUAACAUUUUCAGUGUGAUGAGUACAAGCUCUUUACAGCAAUAGCUUGUUGAUUAAUUAUAUAAGUAAAGGUACCAGUAGUUUCCAUAAUAUGCUUGAGUUUACAUUUACUAGUAUUGCCAACAUAUACAAAAAACUUGCCACAUAUUGUUAGAUUAGUGAUUUCAUGUAUUUACUUUAACAGUGGCUUUAGCAAGCCAUUGAUAUGUAAGCAUCUUUGUGAUGUUCUUUGGUUAUGCUGUGUAUCUUCUUAUUAGCAGCCAUCACCUACCUGGGAACUACAUUUUCUGUGUUCUGCUUGGUACACUUGGGAUUUUCAGACAGUACAUUACAAAACUGUCUUCUUAUUCUUCUGCUCCAAUAUCAUAGCUUCAAAUUUUAAUUGUUGUCAUGUAUUGAGCUGUAGGAAUUUUAGCUUCGUAGUGUCCCAAAGUGAGGGUGCAGAGAAGUCACUUUGCUGUUUAGUUUUAAGUUUACAAUAAUGACCAGAUGAACCAUUAUGAGCUCUUCAAAUUAUUCUUAUUAACAUAUAAUCCUUAUAAGUAGAGGUUACCAAAUAAGGAUUGCUUAUGAAAGGUUUGCACCCAUGCUAUUUUAUUUUCUUCAUAUUGCUUUUCACAGUAUAGGAGUGAAAUUUUAUUGUAUUGUAUAUUGACAGUAAUAUAGGGAAAUAAGAGCUGUUGAUUAUCCAAGUUGAGUUAAAUGUAAAUUGGGGAUUAGGUCGACCCUUUUACAAUAUGGUGGAGUCUGUUUAAACUUUUCUUUUUCUACAAAAGCUACAGUAGUAAAAUAUGUGUUGCAGAAGUCUCUGGGUUCUAGAUUUGUGAAUCUGGAUCUGCCUGGCAGUCACUGUGCAAUAACUAUGAAGCCUCAGAAUGACUAUUGUUGAUAAACACCUCAUGCCACUUUUUUUUACCUGAAUUUUCCUGAACUUGGGUAUCUAUAAAAUAGUUCAGCCAGUCUAAUUCUCUUGGUCAUGACUGGACUACACAAAGGUGUAACACUUGAAAUUGAAGUCUAGAGUAGUUACAGGAUUUGAAUGGGGGUAUAAAACUUUGUCAAGCCAGUAUGUUAAUUUUUGCAUCAAAACCCUGGCAACUUUUCUAAACCCAAUUUAAAUCUCACAGUUACUCUAGAUCCUAGGACUUGUGGUUUUUUGUUUUCAAAUAUGGUGGAAACCUAGCUCUGAUAAGCUAUUAAAUGCUUAACCACAGCUAUAUAGCACCAAUAAGACAACUGAUGCUUACUCGCUAAACGUGACAAGACCCUAACAAGGUCUGCUAAGAGGGACCCUUGUCAGGAUACACUUUUCUUUUCCCUAAAGAACACAUCACCACCACCCAGAUUUAAACUCUUAAUAUCAAGUUGAAGAACAAUUGAGAAAAGUCAGUACUAUAUGCUAUUGGUGUUCAAGUGCCAACAGAAAUAAAGUAAAAGAUUUUUGAUUCGUGUUGUUCCUCCAUGACCAAGCUGAGACCUUAAAGCCCCUCAAUGGUGUCUGGUAUGCAGCUGUUUUUGCCUGAACAAAUCGUCAGAGGUCAUUUAUUCCAAUUGGCUAGUAUUUUCACAGCUGUCCUUCACAUUGCAGCCAUGUCUACAUUGUCAUUUGACCCUUGUAGGUUUAGCACUUUUUUAUAAUAAUAAUAAUAAUAAUACAUUGUCAUUUGUAUUUGUUUUGGACUCUUGAAGUGCAUUACAGAUUAUCCAAAAAUUCAACUCUCCUCAUCCCAUUUUCCCUCAUAUACAGUUUUGGUUAUGUAACAUUUCUAGUAUAUGUAAAGAAGGUUGUAUUUUGCUGGGUCUCUUGACCUGCCGAUGCUCAAGGCAGUGAAUAUGUAGAAUCGGCCACUCUGUCAGCUGUUCAAGACCUUCCAAUUUACAUUGAAUUCCUCACUUGAGUAUUUUUUGGUUCUUUCUCACCACUCCCACAACCAUUAGCAACAACGUUGGUCCCCGUUGGCCCACAAAAAAUUGUUUUCUAUCAACUUACAUUUAGGAUUCUGGCUAUCUUCCCACUGUUGUCGGGUUUGGAAAACUGCACUCUUGCACUUAUGUAUUGCACACACAUAUCUCACUUGCAGAUACCACACAAAGAAAUGACCGCCACCUGUCUCCAAGGACUGUCAAGUUGUACUGUCCGUCCAACAUAUCUUAAUAGUUUGUCCUGUCUAUCAUAGUACAUGCAGGAUCCACUUCUGACAUCUAAACCCCUAACUUUGCACACCCCUACCCUUCACUCACUCUUAACCUUUGCACGUCUCUCCCCAUAGCUCUGUAUGACCCUUAUGAGUUUAGUGCUUAAAUUAUAAUAAUAAUAAUAAUAGUAAUUAAAGUUGCAGCACAGUAGUUAAAAGGAUCCAGGAAUAAAUCCUAGAAGUACUGAAGAUUUAGUAACACAUUCACCAUUUUCUAAGAUUCACCAUCCUCAUUUAAUAGCUGUUUUACCAGAAUUGGCCAAAUAUAAAAAUUAAAAUGACUCUCCGAACUGCAUAACACCUUCCCAUCCUACACAGUGUAGGCAAUGUACUUUUCUCACCUCCAGAACUUUAAAUCCAGCAGAUGGGUGUCUCAAUCCCUUCAUAAAUGUUACCUUGCUCACACUCUGACAGCACAUCAGUUCCCCAAAAAAUCAUCCACUCACACCACUAACAUUCAUGGGAGAGUACUAAACCCACGAGGUCAUACAGAUGCCACUCAAACAUCUAGCUGUGCUUUCAGUGAUUCAGCUCCAACAUAUGGGCCCCCACAUCAUAACCUAUAAUUAACCCCUGUGAUUUAUUUCCCUGUUGCUUUCCAGUGCAUUCCAUGAGCUUUAUCCUGAAGAAGCUCCUCCUUAUGAAUCCUAAGAUCAUUUAUCUGGAAGAACAGGCACUCAAGAAUAACAUAAUUGCAAGUAAUUAUCAUCUUUAGUUUUUGCUUGUGUCCCCAGCAUUCUAGUUCCAUCCCUGUGUGUAUAUGUACUACUGCAAUCCUAAUAUUUCACUUAGAGGCAGCUCUGUUUUAAAGAGUAGCAUUUGCAGUUUUAAAAAUUGUCAUUAGAAAUUUCCUUUUGGCUGAUAAACAUUGUACAAAAGCUCAUAAUUGUUAAUUUUGUCAUGAUUUUUGAGAGACCAGAGCAGCUACCAGGUGUAAUUCAGUCUUCAUUGUGGGGUAGGGCACAUAACCUCUGUUUUUUAACAGGUUGUACAGGUAUUUUGACACAGUAUAUUAUUAUUAUUAUAAUCAAAAAGAAGCGCUAAGCCACAAGGGCUAUACAGCAACACAGUAUAUUGCAAUAAAAAUAUUGCAUUAUUCUAUGCAUCAAAAUUGUAUAAUGCAGUAAAGAUACUCAUUAACAUGAUGAAUUAUGUAUUGAUAAUUUACACUUGAUUUUUAUGAAUGUAUCAUACCAUUGACAUAUUUUAGUAUUAUCUGUUCACUGAAAGAUAAUUUUAUUAAAAUUUGGUUUAUGCUAUUUUCUUUUAGAAUAUUAUGAACAUUCUGGUGGUCUUGUAGGUAAGUGCCUCCCUUUGUAAAUUUGAGCUAAGCUUCCAGGCCAGAUGUGAAAAUUUUAUAAUUGUGCAUUAAUUGUGUGUAUGUAACUCAUCUUGGUUAUGUGAUGUUGAAACUUCCUCAGAAUGUAACAGCACAACUAUCAUGUCAGAGACAAAUUUAAGAGGUGAAUGUUCCUGGUAGCAAAUCUGGUGCGGUGGUUAGGGUCUCACAGUGAGAAGUUCAGUGAAGCUGUCCAUGCCAUCUCAGUAGUCUGCCUCUAUAUUAGUUUUAAGUAUUGGACCGUUUUAUGUCCUUAAAAAAUUUGGCUCUAUUUUGGAGCAGAUUAUGGAAUCCACUUCUCUGUUUUAGGAGGGCUUAUAAUACAUCAAGCAAGAAUGAAGUAUGGAUAAAAGAAUGCUUGUAUCUAAGCACUUCUUGAUACCCAUAAAAUUCAGCUCCCUGCUGUAUUUAGAUUUUUUUAUUGUAGUAAUAAGAUAUAUUUGAUAUAUAUAAAAUUAUAAAGAAAAAUGGCAAGGUUAUUAAGUAAAUAACAAUGUGUAAAGGGUUGUAAUUUGAGUGCUUUUGCUCCAUCCAUGUUGCAGUGCACAAUUGUGUGCAAUUAUUGGCAUGUGUGUAUAUUUGGCCAGCAAUACUAGUCAACCAUUUUCCAUACAAGGUCAUCCCAAAUAAUACAAAAUUAUUUGCCGAUUAAUUUGUACUAUAUGUAUGUGUGUAUACAUACAUACAUAUUAUACAGUGGACCCCCGCAUAACGAUUACCUCCGAAUGCGACCAAUUAUGUAAGUGUAUUUAUGUAAGUGCGUUUGUACGUGUAUGUUUGGGGGUCUGAAAUGGACUAAUCUACUUCACAAUAUUCCUUAUGGGAAUAAAUUCAGUCAGUACUGGCACCUGAACAUACUUAUGGAGUGAAAAAAUAUCGUUAACCGGGGGUCCACUGUGUAUAUAUAUAUAUAUAUAUAUAUAUAUAUGUAGGUAGUAGGUUGGUAGACAGCAACCACCCAGGGAGGUACUACCGUCCUGCCAAGUGAGUGUAAAACGAAAGCCUGUAAUUGUUUUACAUGAUGGUAGGAUUGCUGGUGUCCUUUUUUCUGUCUCAUGAACAUGCAAGAUUUCAGGUACGUCUUGCUACUUCUACUUACACUUAGGUCACACUACACAUACAUGUACAAGCACAUAUAUACACACCCCUCUGGGUUUUCUUCUAUUUUCUUUCUAGUUCUUAUUCUUGUUUAUUUCCUCUUAUCUCCAUGGGGAAGUGGAACAGAAUUCUUCCUCCGUAAGCCAUGCGUGUUGUAAGAGGCGACUAAAAUGCCGGGAGCAAGGGGCUAGUAACCUCUUCUCCUGUAUAUAUUACUAAAUGUAAAAGGAGAAACUUUCGUUUUUCCUUUUGGGCCACCCCGCCUCGGUGGGAUACGGCCGGUGUGUUGAAAGAAAGAAGAAGAUAUAUAUAUAUAUAUAUAUUUUAUAUAUAUAUUUAUAUAUAUGUAUAUAUAUAAUAUAUAAAUAAAAUGCCAGGAGCAAGGGCCUAGUGACCCCCUUCUCCUGUAUAAAUUACUAAAUUUAAAAAGAGAAACUUUCGUUUUUCUUUUUUGGGCCACCCUGCCUUGUUGGGAUACGGCAAGCGUGCGUGAGCGUGUUAGAUAGGAGUGAAUGGAGACGAAUGGUACUUGGGACCUGACGAUCUGUUGGAGUGUGAGCAGGUAAUAUUUAGUGAAGGGAUUCAGGGAAACCGGCUAUUUUCAUAUAGUCGGACUUGAGUCCUGGAAAUGGGAAGUACAAUGCCUGCACUUUUGAAGGAGGGGUUUGGGAUAUUGGCAGUUUGGAGGGAUAUGUUGUGUAUCUUUAUACGUAUAUGCUUACCAUACCCCCGGCCGGGAUUGAACCCGCGGUCAUAGAGUCUCAAAACUCUAUGACCGCGGGUUCAAUCCCGGCCGGGGGUAUGGUUUGUUUGCAAUCGUGUCAUUACAAUUUCUUGAGUCACGUAUAUGCUUCUAAGCUGUUGUAUUCUGAGCACCUCUGCAAAAACAGUGAUAAUGUGUGAGUGUGGUGAAAGUGUUGAAUGAUGAUGAAAGUAUUUUCUUUUUGGGAAUUUUCUUUCUUUUUUGGGUCACCCUCCCUCGGUGGGAAACGGCCGACUUGUUGAAAAAAAAUAUAUAUAUAAUUAUAUAAUACGUAUAUAUAUAUACACGUAUAUAUGUAUAUAUGAGGUGGUUUGGUCAUUUAGAGAGAAUGGAUCAAAGUAGAAUGACAUGGAAAGCAUAUAAAUCUAUAGGGAAGGAAGGCAGGGUAGGGGUCAUCCUCGAAAGGGUUGGAGAGAGGGGGUAAAGGAGGUUUUGUGGGUAAGGGGCUUGGACUUCCAGCAAGCGUGCGUGAGCGUGUUAGAUAGGAGUGAAUGGAGACGAAUGGUACUUGGGACCUGACGAUCUGUUGGAGUGUGAGCAGGGUAAUAUUUAGUGAAGGGAUUCAGGGAAACCGGUUAUUUUCAUAUAGUCGGACUUGAGUCCUGGAAAUGGGAAGUACAAUGCCUGCACUUUAAAGGAGGGGUUUGGGAUAUUGGCAGUUUGGAGGGAUAUGUUGUGUAUCUUUAUAUGUGUAUGCUUCUAGACUGUUGUAUUCUGAGCACCUCUGCAAAAACAGUGAUAAUGUGCGAGUG